AGGUAGAGUCUCCAUAAAUGAGCGCCGCCGCUGAUUGGUCUCUCAGAUACGGGCUAUCCCGUGACAACCGCCCUCUGUCUCGUCAAUCCCGGGGGGCCCACUCCUGUGUCAAUUUCCCAUUUAGCAAAUAGUAAGUAGAAUAUGAAGUGAUAUAUUGAUUGAUUCGACAGUCAGCUCAACUGCAUUGGGACCUAUAGGACACUCGUAUUGAUGAACUAUUACAAAACAAACCAUUCGACCUCAGUGCUCAUUUUCUGUACUGUUUUCACAUGAAACAUCAACAGCCAAUGUCAAUAACACCAUCUGUAAUGACACGGUGAGACACAAUUGAUGUCAGGUGCAACAUGUGCUAUACUCUCCGCGCCAGUCUCCGCCAGUCUCCGCCAGUCUCCCCGCCCCUCAUUAGCCUGGCUGUCUGUCAACCAUGAUUAGCUGUCAUUGUGACACGGUGGAAAUUUCUCGGAAGUAUUCAAAGACAUUAAUUGUACGAGACGACUGAGGCUUACCAUUACUGACCCGAGGACUGACCGACCGAGCUGAACUGACAAAGCAAAAGAGUUAAUGGCUGCCUCUUUUACAGGGAUUGAUGAGACAUAGUAAUCAAAUGUUAUACAACAAUCUCUUUAUUUUGUUUCAACAAUCGGAGAUAUAUCAUUUGACAUUUAACCACUAUCACUUCUGAACGGUAGACUACAAUUCAGUUCAGGUACAAACCAUCCCAUUGGUUUUUUGAUAUAGCUAAAAAAAGAUCCAGUAUAUGUGCUGGAAAAAAAAUCCAUGAAUGCAGGACUGCCAUUUUCCAUCACCUCAGGACCAGCUGACAUAGAAAUAAGAGGAUUAGUUCAGCUCUUCGAUAAUCUUUCUUAGUGACGGCUCCCUCGAGGAAAUGUGUUUUCUACCAAGCAUAUGGUAUCCUCAUAAGGAUCGGGAAACUACACACACUACCGCAGAUAUCAUGUGAUUGGCCCCAGUGGACGGCGAUCACAUCUACAGCCCUCUUGCCCCGGGGACGUGCACUUAGUACUAAAACAGCUACCGGAUCAAAUCAACCGUUAUAGCACUGCCAAUAUUUCUGUGCUCCGCAGCAAUGGACAAAGAGUAUACAAGCUCUCUCUGUUAGCGUUCAGGUAUCCUUUCUAUUGUGAAGUGGUCCAUUUGCAAUACAGCAGAAUUUCCCCCAGCAGAUUUUAUCAGCAUUUCUACACACGCUUUGAUUCCACUGACAACUAUGUUUGUGUGCACUUAUUCAAUCAACUAUGAAAUUCAAAGGAUGUGAUGGUAUAUGAAACUUGUCUGAACUGACUGGAAGACAAUCGGAGCUUGACAGGUGAUAUCGAAGCCUGUACACUUGGGACAGGUGGAGUGGAUAAGGCAGCAUCUGUGUUGGCGUACGUUUUCAGAGCAGCAUCUGUGUUGGUGUCUUUUGUACAGUCAGCACAGCUUGUGACAUCAAGCUCAUGUGACGAUCAGAGAAAUACAUCUGGUACAGAUCUACACAACACCACCGAAAACGAAAAAGUGUACAAGGAGGAGGAAUGUUUCCUGACCCUUUCAUGUAAUAUUUCAUCUGCUGAAGUUUUGUGACAAAGCUCCAUAGCAUUAUAUAGAAAUAGAAAACAUUAUUGUUUUAAGUGGCAGUUAACUCCCAAAUCUUAAAGCCAUCUACACCCACUUCAAGUACUCAACAUGAUUAGUUUUACAAAAGCUAUCCUAUUUAUAAGUGGAUUAUGUUGUGUUAAGAGGAUUUUUACGUAGUGAUUCGUUAGCAAAACAAGACGACACAUUCUCUGGAAUUCCAAAAUCUGACUGGAUCCCUAAAAGCAGCCUAAAGGGAGGCAAUUGCCUUCUAGGGAAUUAAAGGGCUACAUGUACUUGUGAAAUUUCAAAAACACAAGGCUGAUGUUCCAAAAGUACAAAAGCGAGCAGUAACUUAUACUGUCACAUACUGGCGGAGACUUUAUAUGGCUAUAAGUACUGAUGUACCGUACAAAAAUUUGUGGACGCGUCAUGGAUUACGAUUUAUGGAGGAUUCCAGAUCUGGUUGGAUGGUUACCAAGAACAUAAGGACGGCUGGCAGAUUAGUGUCUACAUUGUUUGCUUCCAAACUUCAUCGUAACUUCUUGUUGUGAUUGAUGAAUUUUUGAAAACGUAGAUUUUCAUAACUGACAUAACCAUGGAAUUGCUCAUCACAGCCUCACCAGAAAGUCUCAACGACACAUACCGCGCUCUACCUGUGCCGGAUGAUAUUCGUUUCUACCAUAACAUCGCUGCAACCAUCAUGGCCGUCAUAGGAUUUCCUGCUAACCUCGCUAUAACUGUGGCGAUUUUCAAAACAAAGUUACACAAACACGUGGGAACGGUGUUUAUCUUAAACCUCGUGAUAAACAACAUGGUUGUGUGUAUAACGUGUUUACCGUACAUUUCCAUACUUUCGUUCACUGUACCAGACUCUACGACGUCGGGACUGAACUUGGCAUUUUGUAAGUUCAUGGGGUACAUUGCCUACAGUAUAAAAGGUUCGGAACUGCUGGGUCUCGUUCUCAUCUCCAUGAACCGGUACCUGAUAGUAGUUCACUUCAGCAAGUACCAGCAAAUCUACAACAGCAGGAUUAACAUUAUAAAGAUGUUGGUGGUGUCAUGGUCAAUCUACCCGUUAGUGUUACUGUUCCCCGUCACUGAACUGUGGGGCAUUCUAGAGUACGACCCGAACAGAUUCUUCUGUCAGCCCUUCUUCGCAAACAAUUCCUUCAAGAGGUUUCUGCUCCCAUUUGCCCUUAUAACAAGCAUUCCUGUGAUACUGUACUGUUACGUAGGUAUUCUCAUACGAUUCUGGAUCAGCAAGGAAACAAUCUACGCUUUACGGAGUAAAUCGAGGACGUCCAGUUCGACAGCUGUCCACGGAAAAUACACACGCAGGGACAUGCGACUUGUUGUCAUGGUGAUGCUUAUUUUGACGACCUUUUUUUUCCUGUACAUGCCAUUUGUGGUGAUGUCUGUGCUGGACCCCCAAAUGAAGAUUUACAGCCCCCUCCUCCAUCUGACAUUUAUCUACAUGAGCUGGGCGCGAUGUCUAGUCAACCCUCUAGUGUACUCCAUCAUGAACCCACGCAUACGCAACGCCUGUCUCGUUAGCUACAAACAUGAUUCAAGUUCCUAAGCCUGGAUCUUACUAAAGGUCCUCAGUGAAUUUGUGGAGUUCAAAUUUGAGAUGUGAAUUAUGUGAUAGAAACUGUGUCAACGGCUUUAAAUAUCAUUUAAUGAUUUCUAAAGAAUACUGCCAAGUGAGUUAUAAACCUUUUUUUUUUUUUCUUUAUUCUCACAGUAUGUUUAAGUUUAAUGUUAUGGUCAAAUUGUGAGUAAUCACUGCUUUUUAAGUGCCCAAAUGUUAGUUAGGGAUUUCAAUUCCUGAGCAAAAUUCCUGAUAUAUGGUCCAUAAAUAGAUCCCUUCUGCUAAAUAAAAGAAAUGUUCUGUAGUAUCUGUGCCUAUGUUGAAUGUUUGAGAAGUGUUAUCUGUGAUAGUUCUUGUAAAAUGUAAAGAGCAAUGUAAUAAA